AUGCCUCAACGCGGUGCGCUAAUUAUUUUCGAAGGGCUCGAUCGUUCUGGAAAGUCGACGCAAGCAAAGCGGCUGGUAGAUCAUCUAACGAAUGAAGGCCGGAAAGUGCAAUUCAUCCCAUUCCCAGGCAAGGUGCAUAAAUCGAAAACUGAGGUACGAUUAGAUAGAAGCACAGCCAUCGGAAAAUUGAUAGACGGGUACCUGAGGAGCGAAGUUGAUCUGAACGAGGAGGCGCUUCAUCUAUUGUUUUGCGCGAAUCGCAGAGAGCGGGUUGAUCUCAUCCAAGAAUCCAUCGCUGCCGGUGUCGACGUCGUCUGUGACCGAUACGCCUACUCGGGAGUCGCUUAUUCGCUUGCCAAAGGGCUCAACGGAACAUGGAUUCGUUCCGGUGACAUUGGGCUACCAAAACCAGAUGUGGUUCUGUUCUUUGAGGUAUCACCGGAAGUCGCGCAGCAGCGCGGUGGAUUCGGCGCGGAACGUCUGGAAACUGAUGAGCUGCAACGGAAAGUUCGAGUGGCCAUGGGGACGUUGAAGCGGGAUUUUUGGAAGCCGAUCAACGCCGACGGGGACCUCGAUUCGGUGGAGCUAGAGGUGCGCAAAGUCGUCGCCGACCUCGAUCUGAGCAACCCGUUGUCCACACUUGAAGAAAUC